AUGACGGCUGUAGAUGUUACUAUUCAUCACAAAGAGUUGUGCAAAAGGGAAGAACUGUAUAUGUCUGAAAAUUAUGGUGUCUGUUUUCCAGAAAUUUUUUGCAUCAUUAAUCCACACUCAUCAUCCACUCCUACCACAUCAUAUUCAUCCAUAAAAGCCGAGUCUAUUGUAUCAUCUAGUCCACAACCAUUGGCUGAUAUUGUCGAGAACUUUAGAUCCUCUAUUAAUAAUCGCACAUGUGACAUUAAUACCCUUAAUCGUCUGGAAAUUGCCAUAAAUAAUGGCAUAGAUCGGCAGUAUUUUCAACUACUAAAUUAUGAAUUUAACAAAGUUUUUCUGGUUUGUAAUUGGCCAGAAAAGUGGUAUUCUAGAGUUUUAGCUAAUGCUAUAUUUCUUUCUGCUUACUUUAAAGACUCUAACUUGGCCGUUUCAUGUAGCAACUGCUUCAAGACAUUCACAUUGUUGGACAACUUUCAUUUGCACUCUGAUGUAAUAUUCAAUUCCAUUGCCAAUUCGCUUGCUAUUUCUGGCAAUUCUUGGGAUCAAACUGUAUAUAAUGCAAUUAUUGAAUUCUCGCUGGCAUUCACUCACAUUGGUAGCGAUUCUCUGUGGGAGAUAAUCACUAGCAUAAUCUACAAAAUUGCACCUCGCAUUGAAUUAGAUGUUUUUUCUACGCUAACAGGGGAUGAAUUGGGUUUGGGGUAUUAUUUUAACGGAUUAAUUGUGUCUAGAACCACAAUCGCAAUAAUUUCCUACGUAAAGGGGGUUUUGGAUGAAACAAUCAAGGCAAUUACAGAAAAGUACAGCAAAACCGUAGUAAUCAAGGUUAAACAAUGUCUAACUGAUGUUAUGGGUCGCAUUAUUACCUAUCUACCUAACUGCGAUAGGUUUAUUGAAGAUAUGUGUAAGAUGUCGGAAUUGCCAGAAAAUGUAGUUGCGGUCUACAUAAUUAGACAAUUUGUCAAAUCUAGUACACUUACUAUCGAUCAAUUAGUAUUAAUUGGUCUGUGGUGCAUCAAUUGCUCCAAGGCAAUCCAUUCUAAAUGGCAAAAGUAUUUAGUUGGGCUAGAUAAGCUACACUCGCAUUUCAUCGAUGGAUCAACGAAUGAUAUAAAUAAUUUGGACAAUAGCGAGCCCAUUCUAGUGUCUAAUAAACUGAGGGAUAUGCUAGGAGAUGGCCUUUUAGUGUGCGACAUAAAUGUGCUGUGUCAGAUGGAACAUAUAAAUUUGACCAAUUACCAAUCGCACGUAUGGGCUUCGCUAAUUCUUAUGGAUCAGCACGACGCUAAUCUUUCCUUUUUUGACUGUGUUGUUCCGUACCUAAAGUUCAGUUAUUCCAACCAGCAUUCCAACAAGUGCUUCACAAGCCCAAUCCCUAGCGCAGUGUUUUACUCGCUAAUUUGCGACAUACCUAGGAUGAUAAUGCAUCAUUUGCAAUGCAUAACACUGGACGGAGAAGGUCAACUGAACAUUGUAUCCGGGUUGCAAAAGUUUAUCUCGGAAGAUCCCACACUGAUCGAUAGCACACUGUUCAACACACUGCAAAUGUUGUGUUCGCAUAAAGAUUAUAAAGUGAGGCUUAAAUUAGCCCAGAUAUUACUUUGCUGUAUUCAUUAUGAUAAGAUGGGAGACAUGGUUGAAAAUAUAACAUUGGUACUACUGUGCGAUAAGAGCGCCUCUGUGCGUUUGGCCGCGGUUAACACGUUUCAUCGAAUCGUAACAGAUUAUAACUAUACUUUACAAUUGGAUACCAUUAAACACAUAGCACGCGUGUAUGUGGGUGAUACUAAUAAAAGUGUUUGUCAUGUGGCUCUACAGAUACUCAGUAACUUCUUUUUUUGUCAAUUUAUUGAAUCAUCUGAUAAAUAUGACAUAAAAGGUGUGAUUGAGGUAUUGCUGUGCCACUUGUAUGGGAGGAAAUCGCUUAUCAGUUACUAUAAUGGACUUGAUUUUACACAAAAUCCCAUCAAGUCCAUGAAUAAGAUCUGUAAUUGCUGUCAAGAUCACAUGCUAGAUUUUUGGUAUAACUAUUUAGUGGCAAACAUAAAGGCUUCUGGACACAACAGAAUUGAAUUGCUUUAUGUGAUUCACUUGUUUUCUGAUGUUUUUCGGUCAUAUUACCUUGGUAAGAUUCACGAACUAGUAUCCCUGUUCAAGUACAUGCAAAUGGAUGAUCAAACUUACCAUUUGCUGGUCGAAUUGAUUUGCAAGAAUAUGGAUAGUUGCGUCGAUUAUAAGUUAAAGGGCGAGUUAGUUCAUUUUGUGAACUACGAUCGACAGGACAAUUCAAACAUUGUGAUUCAAUCAAAAAUGAAGCUUUGUGUUAUGUGUAACAUUGAUGUUACAGGCGCAAUUGUCGCCGCUUUGGACGCAAUAACAACACUAUCUUUGGCAUUAUAUCAACAGAAUGAACUGCCACUGGUUAAUCAAAGUGAUAAAGUUUCCAUUUGGAAGUUGGGUUCGAUUCUACAAUAUUUGCCGCAAAUAUCAUACAACUUAUUCGCUGGUGAUCCAACAGGUUCAUGUGCCAAAGUUGCAUCUGACCUUUUGAAUAUAGGAUUGGGUUUUAUUGGGCAUGAUGACAAUUUGCUAAUAAUUAUCAUAUGUUCCAUGUGUUCUUACAUAUCGCAUUUUGACAAUAUACAACAUCUGGACAUGCAAAAGUUUGCUCUAUUAAUGCAAAAAUCAAUGUCCUGGAAUAAGACACUGGCUGUUGCAGUGCUAGUAACCAUGCGAAAGUUCUAUUCACUGAAGUUCAAUAGCAAAUAUAACAGGCAUGCAGAUGGGCUAGGAAAUUUGUUUACAUCAUUAAUUCAUAACAACUUGAGUAUGCUUUUGUACAAAUCAGGAAGAUACGUCAGGCAUUGGUGCCUGAUAAUAUUACAGGGGCUCAUCAGUGCUAAUAGUAUAUGGAGUGGGUCACUAACAUCUCAUUUAUUUGCAUGUUACAUACUGUACCCCGGCAAUAGAGAUGUGUGUAAUGCCGUACUAAUGGCUGGUUCAAUGGGUUGUGUAGUUGAUUAUCUGGAGAGAGGAGUGGAAUUAAUUGUUUCUAAUGCAGUACGCAUGGGUAGCCACGGGCAAAACGUGACACAAUUGAUCAGAUCCUUUAAGAAGUUGUACCAUGGCAAUCGUACAACUGAAAAUGAUGGGAGGAACUUUGUCAAACUAGUUAGGAACAAAUUAGAGGCGGCAUUGAAUGGGCAAAAUUUUAAACCAAAGCUUAGUCUCCGUGAAAAAAUCCUAUUCAUAGAUCUAUUGGUGUCGUUCGCUAUGCUGGUUUGUGAACGGCAAACUUUGGAAGCUGAUUUGUUUGCGAAGGAAGUUAAGAAAUUGGUUUUUAGUGGAUACGGAGGCAAAAGUGGUGACGGAAGUGAUGAACCAUUUAGAUACUAUGUGUACAGGAGAUUGCAAGGUCUAUCAAAAUACCUUGCCUUGGUGUCUGAUGAUAACACAAGUAGUGCCAAGAACUUAAAGAAGUAUGCCAGUUAUAGCGAGGCUGUAAGAACCCGGCUCUUCAAAAGAUGCCUUAAAAUGGGUGCGAAACUGAGCAGGAUGUGUUAA